AUGGCCGAGUCGGGCUGGGUCCAAUGGGCCAUCAUCCUCGUGCUGACUGCCCUCUUCCUCUCCGUGGUCGUCAUCGCCCAAGUCGUCGCCGCCUACUCGUCGGCGUACUUGGCCGCGCCGCACGAGGUCGCCACCUUUAUCGACACGGUCGACUUCUCCAUCCAGGAGAAUGAGAGCUACGACCGCGACGUCGCCAAGGUGCAGCGCCUCGAGGACAAGUUGCGCCUCGGGCGGCUGCUGCGCGAGAUCCAGAAGGGAGGCGACGAUCUGCGCGAGGAGCUCAACGGCCUGCUCGUCGCCGAGGGCGCCACGGCGCUGCGGACGAGCGCGAGGCUGCUCUGGGCCUCGAAGCGCGCCGAGCUCGAGGACCGGGUGCGCAGGCUGGACCUGAUACGGAUGCGCUUCCUCGUCGUGUACAUGGGCAUCAUCACGUCCAUCGCAGACAAGCAGCCGCCGCCUGCGCCGCCGCUGCCGCGAGACCCAGAGAAGAUCGCCGCCUUCAACACGCCCAUGAAGCCCAGGCUUCAAAAGUCUCUCACCGACAGCAUCGCUAAGCGCCCGCCCCUCCGGCGGCUGACGACGCAGGCCAUCGGCCACCAGGAGCACGUCGCCACGCCGCAUAGGAAGGGCUGGGCCGGCGUCGUCGAGGAGCUGCAGACGUCGCCGCGGAUGCAGCAGCGCCAUGCGUCAAUAGAGCAGUCCAUGACGGGGUCGCCUCCAUGA